AUGGGAAAGGGGGAGAAGAAGAAGCUGGAGAAGGUGCGGAGCGCGGCGCGGCAGGAGGUCGGCAAGCUCUACAUCAUCGCCGCCUGCCUCGCGCUGCUUGUCUGCGGUACCUGCAGCUGCAGUCAUCCCAAACGGAAGAAAAGCAAGAAACAGGAUAAGACCACCAGCAAACAGAUAAGGAAGUAG